GAUUUUGUCACAAUGAUGUAGCCAUUUUCGCCAUUUUUACAAAGUUUGAUUUGAUUUGUUUUGGCAUUGAUUUCUGGAACUUCUGCGUAAUUUCUUGAUUUCGUUGAAUUUGAUGUGUUUGGUUCUUUUCUCUAUAAUUUUUAAAUUGUGAAUGUUUAUAGCUGGAUGUUGUCUUCUUGUUAUUGCUGUUACUAAUUUUACCUGAGAAUAUGUAUGGAAUUUUGCUGCAAAUGAUGUCUAAUUUGAAGUUAUUGAUAAAUGCAUGUGUAUAUUGUGUAACGGUGAAUUUGUGAGAUGGACAAGCAUUACUGCUGAAUAUGCAAAAAAUAAGGAUUCGCAUACUUAAUGCUUACCCUGAUAACUGAUAAGAUAUAUGAAGUAUUCUUAUUAACACUACUAAUUUUAACUGAGAUAAUUCUGAGGAAAUGUAUUGAAGUUUGCUUCAAAUGCUGUCUAAUUUAUAUUAUUUGAUAAUGAAUCACAUUUUGCCGAAAUUGCAAAGUUAAUAGAUGAUACUGGUACCAUCUGUAAGUAAUAGGUUAUGAAAUGUACUAGGUCAGGAAUUUGAACUUGUUUGUUGUGGAUAUUUAAUUGGCUAGUAAGGAAGAAUUCUUGCAGCCUAAAAAGAGGUGUAUUACAAAGGCUAAACGCAUGAAACAAUAUGCUUCUAUAUGGCCUAUGCAUAAUAUUUUUCUGGUUUCAAUGAAGAAGGAAGAAGUCAAACAAAAGAACGUAUGAUUUUUUUUUAAGUAUGUGGAAUAAUUAGCAAAAUGAAAAGUCAAGAGCAGAAAACUAAGUUGAUGAAGCAGAGGGAUGAAAUUCUGAAAUCACGUUUGCUGGAUUAUGAUAGAUUAAAGUUUUGUUGUUGUUGAAUUGUUGUCGUACUAUGAAGUAUAUGCUUGUUUUGCUACUUUCAUAAAUCACAACAUUUUGGUAUGUGUUAAUCCUAAUGAAUUGCUAACAUAUAUGCUUGUCUUACUCCUAAUUUUGGUGCAACAUUAUUGAAAACUAAGUUGAUGAAGCAGAGGGAGAAAAAACCUGAUUGUUUUAAUCUUAUUUAUACAGCAUAUAUACUGGGACCAAUUGUUUAUCUCGGACCAAAUAUAUGUUACACACAAUUGUGCUUAUUUUAAAGAUUAGAGAUUGCUUAUUUUUCUGUUGGUAUGUGUUAAGUGUAAAUCCAUUACUGUAUACUGUCAUUUUUACUAGCUUUCUUAGAGUUGAUAUGUGUUAAGUGUAAAUCCAUUGACCUUUUUAAAUAAUUUUUUAAAAGCCCACUUCCCAAACUUGCUAGACUUAUUAGGAGUAAGAAUAGAUUUGUGUUUUUUUUUUAGUUUUAAAAAUGUCAAAAAAGGGAUAUUAUCAAGCUUAGUGAUGAUGGGUUAUUUUGGAAUUGCAUAAAAAGCUGCUGAAAUGUGGUUUUGGGGUUGAAAUUUAUUUUGGGAUUUGGGUUUUAGUGUAGCUGAAUAUACACAGAUCAAAUUUUCUGGAAUUAUGUAGUUGUAUCAGUUCAAUUCAGUUUGAAGAUCUGAGUUCAUCGGUACAUUUGAGUUCCAUCUCUGUUGAAGUAGAAGCAGAACUAAUAUGCAGAACUAAUGGGUAUUAUUUUUAACAAAUGGGUUUUUAGAUUCAAAAAAAUUGAUUGUUUGAUUGUGAUUAAUAGUGGGGUUUGAAUUCAUAUGCCAACACUUGUGAUUGAUUUUAGAUAAUGAAACCUUCUAAAUGUGUUGUUUUGUUUUUGGUAGGUAAUGAGCAAUAAAAGAAGCUAUGUGUCUUGGAAUAAGCAGAUGGAUGACAUUCUUACUCGAGUUAUGUUAGAACAAAUCAACAACAAGGAAAAAGGAGAUGGAGACUUUAAGCCUUAAGCUUACCAAGCUGUUGUUGAUGAGUUAAAGAGAGAGCUAGGCAUUGCACUUAAUGUGGAUCAUGUGAGAAACCGAACUAAGUCUUGGAAGAAACACUAUGGCUGCAUCACGGACAUCAAGAAUUAUUCAAAAUUUAAAUGGGAUGAUGAAAAAAAAAUGAUCCUAAUCACAAUGGAAGAUCUACCUCAAUGGACAGAAUAUAUUAAGGUAAACAAAAAUGCUGCCCCUUAUCGCAACAAGUGCAUAGAAAAUUGGGAAGAUAUUUGCACUUUAUUUGGUGCGGAUAGAGCCGUCGGGGAUGGUGCAGAACAACACGAGGAGGCAGCGGAUGCCAUGGAGGGGGAGACGAUCUGUGAACGAACAAGCUCUUCUAAGGAUCCAACUAAUUCAAGCUCUCGCAAGCGGAAAAAGGAUAGUGUAGCUGAUGCGGUAAAUAGUUUUGCCGAGUCAUUUAGAGAGUACGUGCAAAGCAAGAUUAAAGACACUCCGAAACUCACUUGUCAAGAGAUUCACGCUGUUGUUUCUCAAGUGCUUGGCAUUUCUAGGAUUCAGACUAUGCGGGCAGUAAAGAAGUUUAUGAAUGGUAAUCCCGACGAGUUUCUGAUGUUGAAAGAACUACCGGAGGAUGAGAAACUCGACUGGAUACUCUUAUGCCUUGACGAGUAGUUUGUACGUUACACUUUUGAUAUUCUAUGUUAAGAUAACUUUUAAAGUGACAAUUUCGGAUUAUUGUAAUAUCUUAAUACAUUUUAUUUGCUAAUAUUUAAUAUUUUUGGUUGAAUGUAAUUACAAUGUUAUCCAAACAAUGCUGUAGAAUUUAAAUUUGGGAAUUCAAUUCCAAUAUUUUCCAAACAACUA